AUGGAGUCGGUGUAUGAGGACAGUGGCUUCAGUUCCUUAACGCUUGAUAAAUCACAAGACUCCUCAGACUACGAUGGCUCAUUCCAGGAACUUCUCAUUUCUGCUUCCAAAGGAACCAGUAGAACUCCAACUCUGACUGAUGUGAAGAGGCGCUCCCGUUUGCAUCGUCACCACCGGCUUUCCACUCUUAAAGAAGGUGGUUCUCAGUCCGAAGAAGACCCAGCAAAUAGAAAGCAUGAAGAUCCUUCUAAAUAUAGCAGCCAUUCUACUGAUGACGUUUUCGCUGAUGCCACCCCUUGCAGCACAAUGUCUGCUAGAUGUUUUAAUAGAAUUGUUUUUGGAAAAAAUGACCCUCACACCCCACUAGAAGACCCUUCAUCCACGGAUGCAGAUCCUGCUGAUCAUUCCAUGACUCCUCUUAGAACAACCCCAGUCAAUCUAUCUCUGACUCCAGCCUUGCAGAUAGUUCAGGCUAUGUGCCAGUACAAGUUUCAGAAGUUUGCAGGUCAAAGUCCAAGUCUGAAGGAAGAGUUGAAAUUCACAGCAGCACUAGCAAAGACUACAGUGAUGUUCAGGACCAGUAUGCCUUUGGCAGGGCUGAUUGGCAGAAAGAUGGGCCUGAGGAAGCUGGAUAUACUGACAGAGCUGAAGAAGAGGAAUCUCAGGCACAUCUUGGCUAAUGUAUUCAGCAAGCUGAACUCAGAAUGUCUGUACAGGUGUAGUCUAGUUUGCAGAAGUUGGAAUGAAAUUAUCGAGCAGGACCACCAAGCUAGCCUAAGGAGAAGAAUCCACCUGAGUGAACUAGAGGAUCUUCAGUAUGGUGUGGGUGUUCUCCAAAUCUCUGAGGGGGAGACCAGAUCAGCUCUGCCAAAGAGGUCAGCCUUAAAGAAUAUUCAGGCCCAGUCCAGAACCUCUAGCUACUGCACCCCCCAGUCGGCAAACUCAUUGGCCACGCCACAGCACUGCACUUUAAGCACAGGCAGCACCAAACGGGACAAAUUUCUGGAGGUUGCCAAAACCCUCUUUCAUGACGAGUGCCUCAAGCCUUGCCCUAGAUGUCAGCAUCCUGCAAGGUGUCACUCGGUGAAAGGGGAGGGUGUGUGUAGCAGAGUCGACUGUGGCUUUCAGUUUUGCAUAUCCUGCUUGUGUGCUUUCCAUGGAUCUAGAAAUUGCGGCAGUCAGUCAGCGGGCCGUUGCAAGAAGGACAAAUUGCUUCCAGGAAGUGCUCAAAGCAAGCGAAAUGUUCGAAGACUGUAAUUAAAUCCUUACUCCAGUUUGUCAUGUGGACAAUUUUAAAUUGCAAUUGAUUACCCCAACUUUUUACAGCAAGUUUCUAAACAAUGUCUGCGCUACUGAAUGUCGUUAUUUCAGCACUUUUCUUUCAGCACAGAUUUUUAACUAUGAAAUUGGGUUCUGAUGUACUUUGAUUACGUUUUUUUUUUUUUGUUUUUUUUUUUUUUUGUAAGUUUGAAGUAGUCAUUUUUUACAAGUGCACGUGUGUGUGUCCAGGUUACUUUUUUAUAAUAAAUUGCAUUGUUUUU